AGACCGGACGUCGUGUUCUGAGAGCGCGCGGCGUGGUGGUCAAGGCCGUAUAAGAGUGGUGGUGUUUCGCGCGCUUCGAAAUAGUAUAGGUGUUAUAUUGUGAAAUAGCCGGUGUUUAUCACAUUUCGACAAUAUGUCGACUGAAGGACCGACACCCAAGAAGAUGAAAAAGAUAGACGAGUCCGGAGACCUAGAAGAAAGCCGUGAUUUCGACGCCGAGACGCAGAAGGCUUUGGAGGAAAUCGACGGGUGUCAAAAUGAAAUCGAUGCCCUCAACGAGAAGGCUAGUGAAGAAAUCCUUAAGGUAGAACAGAAGUACAACAAGUUGAGGAAGCCGUUUUUCGAAAAACGGAACGAAAUAAUUAAGAAGAUUCCUAACUUCUGGGUCACUGCAUUUGCCAACCAUCCACAAGUAUCAGCACUACUGGAUGAGGAGGAGGAAGAAUGCCUCCACUACAUGACCCAGCUGGAGGUGGAGGAAUUCGAGGACAUCAAGUCCGGCUACAGGAUCAAGUUCCACUUCUCAAAGAACCCCUACUUCUCAAAUGAUGUUCUAACAAAGGAGUUCCAUUUGGGAACAUCAGAUCCCAAGUCAGAGUCAACAAAGAUCAGCUGGAGUGCCGACAUGAACCUGGUCAAGAGCGCGCGGAGUCGGCAAGAGAAGAUGAAGCAGGGCCGGAAGCGCGGCCUGGACGUCAAGUCCUUCUUCCUGUGGUUCGAGGAUCACGAGGACCCGUCGCAGGACGACAUCGCCGAGGUCAUCAAGGACGACAUGUGGCCGAACCCGCUGCAGUACUUCCUGGUGCCCGACAUCGAAGUGGAGAACGGCGUCGAGGAGGAGGAGGAGGGUGAUGUCGACGAGAGCGUAGUAGUGAUGGAGGAGGAGGAUGACGUGGACGGAGAGGAGGGCGAGGAAGAAGGUUUGGAAGACGAUGACGAUGAUGAGGCGAAUGAGGACGAAGCGGAAGCGAAUGACGAGGAGGGGGACGAAGACGAGGAAGAGGCAGACGACCAGUGAGCGGGGGGAGAGGGCGGGAGGGACAGUCGGAGGUUCUGGGGACGGGACUGCGGCGAACGGCGAGCCACGGCCGAAUUCACAGAGCUGUACCCACAAAGCCAAUUCAUUUGUACAUACUCAGGACCUGUCAUGUUGUGCGGUACUUACACCCCUCUCGGCCGACGGCGCUGUCGUCCUGUUUUGUUUCGUUGUUGGGGACGGCGGUGUUUUUCUACACGUCCGUGGCCCAACCGCCGCGGUGUCGCCGCUUCUGGCAGACUGAAAACAAGGCCGGCCGACUCGGAAAGCUCGAAACGUCCGCCGGCUUGCGCUGUGCUGCCGUGAAACAUUGGCAAAUAGAAAUGGAAAUUUUCA